AUGGGUCGCCUUCACUCCAAGGGAAAGGGUAUCGCCUCUUCGGCCAUUCCUUACAGCCGCGCUGCUCCCGCAUGGCUCAAGACCACCCCCGAGCAGGUCGUUGACCAGAUCUGCAAGCUCGCCAAGAAGGGCAGCACCCCCUCCCAGAUUGGUGUUGUCCUCCGUGACAGCCACGGUGUCGCCCAGGUCAAGACCGUCACUGGUAACAAGAUCCUUCGUAUCCUGAAGUCCAACGGCCUUGCCCCCGAGAUUCCCGAGGAUCUGUACCACCUCGUCAAGAAGGCCGUUGCCGUCCGCAAGCACCUCGAGCGCAACCGCAAGGACAAGGACAGCAAGUUCCGCCUCAUUCUCAUCGAGUCCCGUAUCCACCGCCUGUCUCGCUACUACAAGACCGUCGGUGUCCUCCCCCCCACCUGGAGAUACGACUCGGCCACCGCCAGCACCCUCGUCGCCUAA